UGUACGGGUUGUAAUCUCUGUCCCCACCAUUUACCAUUUACCAUUUACCUUUCUGGUCUCACAAAUCAUUGAUCGCCUCGCUCCAACUGAUGUUUUAAAACACAUGUGAUUCUGAUUCUCCAUGACCAACACCAUUGUUCGUACCACAUCGACGGCCCUUUCAGAAGAGAGAAACUCUUCAGUCUCGGCCUCGGAUGAUGAAAAUGAAAAUCCAGACCAAGCUUCGGAAACAGACGGAAACACCACCAACAACAAUAAGAAAAGAAAAAGAGCUUUGAAAAUUUCAUGCGAAUUAUGUAAACAGAGAAAGGUCAAAUGCGAUCGAGUCGAACCCGCCUGUGGGUGGUGUUCGCGAAACAACAGACCAUGUGUCUACAAAGAACGUCAAAAGCCUGGUCUUCGUGUCGGCUAUGGACGUGAGCUCGAGGAUAAGAUCAAUCGUCUGGAAGCUCUUCUUCAGCAUAUGGGUCGUCGUCUCGAGGAUCAUAUCAGCAUCCAUGGCGACACUCCAACUCACGGUCCAGGUUCUGUUCGAAUGACCUCACAAACGACUCCAUAUUCAAACUAUGCUCGGUCUGAUCCCCGGCCUUCCAAUGCAAGUGUCGAUACUCCACUAUCCGAAACACGCUGGUCCAACCACAAUGCCUACGAACGAUUGCAAUACCCGUCUCGUGCUCAAGAUGCCAUGUCCAUUCGGUCUGUCGUGGAUACGGGAAACCCUGAUCUUCUCUCUCAAAGCGACAGAGCUUCCACUGCUUGGCCUGCAGUGUCAACCCCUACUUCUACCAUGCCAGAUUCAGAGCUUCCUCCAUACGACCUCCUCUAUACUUUGGUCGAUUUGUACUUCAAGCACGUCAAUCCAUGGUCACCCAUUCUCGAUCGCAAGGCCACAUUUGAUGCAUUUUUCGGCUCUCAGACAAUGGCCGAGGCGGAUCGCAUUUUACUCCAUGCAAUAGUCGCAACCACUCUGAGAUUUUCAAAGGAUACGCGUCUCAACCCCGAUCUCCGAAGUCAAUUCUACAAUAUUUCCCGUCAGAAAAUCAUGCUCUAUGCAUUCGAUCAUGCUAAUGUCAGGGCCCUUCAGGCUUUGGUCGUAUUGGCUGUUGACGUCUUGGGCUCUUCGAAUGGCCAACAAGGAUGGAAUCUCCUGGCUUUGAUCGCUCGAAACAUUGUCCAGCUAGGUCUCGACGUCGAGAAGAACUCAUACCUCGAAUCUGCAGCCUAUCCUUCUGCCACACUUCUACAGGCCUCACAGCCAAAGUCUUGGAUCGAAAGUGAAGAGAGAAGACGGUUAUGCUGGAUGACUUUUGUCUUGGACCGUUACGCGACAGUCGCCACUGCAGAUGCUUUCACUCUCGAUGAACGAUUGAUGGAUCGGUGUCUCCCUUGUCGCUAUGAUCUCUUCUCUCGUAACGAACCGGUCGAGACGAGAUGGCGACGUCCUAUCGCUAAGCACGAAACCUUUGCCCAGACGGAGCUGGUCUUGAAUCGCACCGAGAAUCUCGGCAGCUUCUCUUACCAUUGUGAAGUUUUGGGUAUUCUCAGUCGAAUUCAUCGAUUUCUCCAUCAGCCACUCAACAUCACCCAGCGCUCUGAUAUUCUUCGCUGGAGAGACACAUACCGCGAACUCGACGGCGAGCUGAACACCUGGCUGCAAAAUCUACCCGGAGAAUAUGGCAAGAUCUCUCAACUUUGUCACUCUGACCCAGGAAGUCGAAUUUCCAAUUGGAUCAUGCUGCACGCAGCUUUUGUCACAUCUGUUAUUCGAUUGCAUUCAUCUGCCGCAUAUCCGACCAUCAAAUCCAACGUAUUUACGCCUUCAUAUCACGCCAUCCAACGCUGUCUCGGUGCGGUUGAAAGCUUACGAGAGAUUGCUCAGGAUGUCCUCAAUACCGGCAUGUUAGCACUCCUGGGCCACCCGUUUGCCUUUUCCCUCUGGGUAUCAGCUCGACUCUUGCUGGUUCAUGCCGCAACAAUGGAAUGUGAAGUUGACCCCAAGAUUUCAUUUUUCAUUUCCACUCUUCAACAAAUGGGUCAACAUUGGCAGGUCGCUAGAGAUUAUGCGCGGAUCCUGAGUGAUGUGGUCCAGGAGGCAAGCACCGGCACAGGAAGGAAUCUGACGACGAUGAGAAGAAUCGCCUACGAUCUUUGCCACCUCACCUCUCACCGACCCCGAACCACGCUCGAACCCAUCUCCACCCAUCCCUCCACUCAAAGUGAACUAGAAUAUCUUGAGAUCUUUGACUUUUUCAACUACCCUCGCUUGAAGACCCUCUCCAGUGGUGCCACAACCACCAACAAUGCCGACUUUGACGGAUCUUCGACAAUCACUUCAAUCGGCGAUUCCACCCCCACACAUCUCCAGAACCUCAGCCAAGGUCAGGCACAAUCGCUGAGAGCCACUCCAGUAGCAGUCUUUGUGCCCAGUGCAGAGUCAGAUUGGCUGCUUUUCAAACCUCCCUAUGAGUAGCUUUGAGGAAUAUUUUGAUAUGACAAAGGUGUGUUAUGGUAUGGAGGAGAUGAUAUGUAUCAUGAUUAUGUUCCAAGGGAGGAUCUAUUGCUAUAUACCCCUAGGAUGCAGAUGGCGGUUGAUGAUGUAGUCGAUGAGUACGCAAUGGAUCUAAUGAAUGGAGCUCCGAAACACUUCAAGA